CUUUAACUGUGUCAGUCCAAACGAUGAAUUAUUUAGAUACAUUUCUACUGUCCUUAUGAGGUUCCUUUCUAAAAAAAUAAUCUGAACAUUAAAAAUUGGAAACGACGAUACGACAACUUCCACUUCUCUUUUCUAUUUAUUCCAUUUCAUAGACAGCAAUUAAAAUUCCUCUCUAAAAACGAAAACCUAGAACCGAAAAUUUUUUACGAGAAUAUAACAUUGCUUAUCAGGAUAUUACGUGUGUGUGUAUAUAUAUAGGCCAAGGGAUAUUGUGCCGAUGAAUCAGUAACUGGUUGCAUUCGGUUGCGUUAACAUCGUGUGUAUGUGGAAAAAUUAAAUUAAAUAAUUUAAAUCAAACAUUAUUGUUAUACUGUGCUCUCUGUGCUGUGAUCAAAAUGUCGAAAAUAAUAAUUUUCAUUGGAUUCCUGUGUACACUUCAGUUGGCAUCAUGCCACGUUAUUCGCGAAGCUCCAGCUGAUGACGCAACAACACUCACUUUGAAGGAUUUAACAACGAAAGCAGAAACAGCCUACGACAAUUUGCAUGAAGGUAUAUUGAAAUUCGCCAACGUUAACUCGGACGCCGAAUUGACCAGUUUGGUUCGCAAUCAGACUGAGCAAUAUGCUGAUAAAUUGAAGACAUUUGCCGGUCAAUUCACUGAUGAGUUCAAAACCAACUCGGAGAAAUUUGACGGAGCUUUCAAAUCAUUCGUUGACAGUUUCACCGCAACGGCCAAUAAACUGAAGGAAGAAAAUCCACAAUUGGCAUCGUUCCAGGAAAAUUUGGAGAAAGGCUUCAAGAACAUCUUGGACGAAUCCGAAAAAUUGACCACAAAGAUUAAGGAGGACGGACAGGUUAUUCCGGAAAAUGCCGAAAAGAUUCUGAAGCAAGUUUACGAAGACACAUGGGCAACAAUCCAAACUGUUUCGCAGCAAAUCAGCACUGCGGGUAAAAAAGACUGAAUUUGUGGAGUAUUGAAAUGUUCCAUGUUUGGUACUGCUAAUUGAAAAACGUUAAAUAAACGAAAAGUGAAA